UCUGGACCAAGAGGAACCAGAGAUACUACAGAGUACAGAGGAGCAGGAGGUUGAUACAUUAAUGUUGACUCCUGUUAAAGAGGAAAGUGACCACAUGGAACCAGAACCAGACAGUGACCACCAGCUCCUCUCUCACAGCUCUCCUGUAGCUCAGAGUCAAGAUCAGACAGGAAGUCACCAUGUUGACUCUUUGUCUAAUAGUCAUGCAGAGUCAAGGCCAUGCAUUACCAAAGUAGAAAACUGUGACACUUCAAAGAUAGAGUCUGAAACUUACACAGGUAAAAAGUCUUUAAAAUGUGACACUUGUGGAAAAAGGUUUGUUUAUAAGUCUCGACUGAUUAUACACAUGAAAGUCCACGCAGGAGAGAAACCAUUUUCUUGCACAACAUGUGGAGCGCGUUUUAUUUCGCGUAAGGACUUGAUAGUCCAUGAAAGAAUUCACUACGGUGAAAGGCCAUAUUCCUGUAAAACAUGUGGAAGGAGUUUUGCUCUCAAGCAGAGUUUGACAGGCCAUGAAAGAAUUCACUCUGGUGAGAAGCCCUAUUCCUGUAAAACAUGUGGAAAGGAUUUUGCUCUAAGCCAGAAUUUGGCAGUCCAUGAAAGAAUUCACUCUGGUGAGAGGCCAUAUUCCUGUAAAAUAUGUGGAAAGCGUUUUAUUCAAAGCCAGAGUUUGACAGUCCAUGAAAGAAUUCACUCUGGUGAGAAGCCAUAUUCCUGUAAAAUAUGUGGAAAGCGUUUUCUUAGAAGUUCGCAUGUGAUAAUACAUGAAAGAAUUCACUCUGGUGAGAAGCCCUAUUUCUGUAAAACAUGUGGAAAGAGUUUUACUCAAAGGCAGGAUUUGAUAAGACAUGAAAGAAUUCACUCUGGUGAGAAGCCAUAUUCCUGUAAAACAUGUGGAAAGGGUUAUAGUCGAAAAUUGUGUUUGACAAUCCAUGAAAGAACUCACUCAGGCAAGAAGCCAUAAACCUGUACAACGCGUUCAGUCAAGGUUUGUCUUUGGUAGAACAUAAAAAAAACCUAAUUUAAGUCAGAAGCCAUGUUUCUGUAAAACGUGGUAAGUGCUUUAUUUGAAAGGAGAAUUUGCCAAUCCAUAUAAAACCACACAGAAGUGAAGCCUUUCUCCUGUGAAACAUGUGGAAAGGAUUCUUGAUAUAAGUUCAGUUUGAUAGAACAUGAAAGAAUUCAGGCAGUUCAUCCAUCUUAAGUCUUUUACGUUCCAGCAUCAUUUCCUCCCCCUUGGCCUCUGUAACGUGAAAAUAAUUUAUACUUCCAUGGUUACCUAGGUGGCACCCAGGUUUAGUUUUCCAGUAAACCCUACUCUACCCUCCCACCCUGUUCCCUCUCCAAUUUCCCAGUGUCCAUAUAAUCAACAAAACCCCCUCUGUGAAAUAAUUUUUUUUUGGGCUUUUUAUGGCCUUUAGGGAGGUUUUACAAAU